CCGGUACAACCACCCAGAGGAGGAAGAUGAGGAAGAUGAGGAAGAUGAGGAGGGGUUGCGCGUAAAGAAUAGACCUCACGUCACGUGACCAGCUGACUCCCAAAGCCAUCAUUGAGGAAUAAAAGGCACAUAUUCAUCCGAAGAGCUGCACAUCCAUUCCUUUCUGAGGGCUCGUGGUUGUUGUUUCUCUUUUUUGUUUAAUGCGGAUGAAAUCAUAGGAUGCUGCUGAAGCCAUCGGAAGGACUGUAGCGAUAUUCUGGGACUAAAAAAAGGAGUUUUGUUUUACAGGCAGCUGAGAUUGAAGUUUGAGUGUCCACUUGCAAGUGGAAGACCGAUACUGCAACGUGACCAUGGCUGAAAACAACUUCCCUCCCCUGCCUCGAUUCAUCCCCCUCAAGCCCUGCUUUUACCAGGACUUCAAUGAGAUCCCGGACGGGCAUCGCAGCAUGUGCAAGAGGCUCUACUACCUGUGGAUCUUGAAUUCCGUCACGCUAGCUGUCAAUCUGAUCGGCUGCCUGGCGUGGAUGUGUGGAGGCGGAGGACCCGCAAACUUUGGCAUGGCCAUCCUGUGGCUCAUCCUCUUCACCCCUUGUUCCUACGUGUGCUGGUUCAGGCCCAUCUACAAGGCCUUCAAGACUGACAGCUCCUUCAACUUCAUGGCGUUUUUCUUCGUCUUCAUGGCCCAGGUGGUGAUCAGUAUUAUCCAGACUGUUGGCAUCCCUGGUUGGGGAGUGUGCGGCUGGCUGGCUACCAUCACCUUCUUCAGCACCAACGUCGGCUCGGCGGUGGUGAUGCUGAUUCCCACCAUCAUGUUCACUGCAGUGGCCGUGCUCUCCUUCAUCGCCCUCACAAAGGUUCACAACUUCUACCGCGGGAGCGGUGGCAGCCUGGGUAAAGCCCAGGAGGAGUGGACUACCGGGGCCUGGAAGAACCCACACGUCCAGCAGGCGGCCCAGCAGGCGGCCAUGGGGGCGGCGCAGGGAGCCAUGCAGCAGGGAGCCAUGCAGCAGAACGAGUACUCGGCAGCGCCCACCUACAACUACGACGACCCGAUGUAGGACAGACGAGCGAGACAGGCAGCAGCAGGAGAGCUAAAAAAGGGAUGGAUCUAGAACACAACUCAGAAUUAGGUGCCCUUUAUUCUGACACAGAAAAACACAGAGACAAAAAGUAUUGGUAAAUCUGACCAUUUUAGUCAGCUCACACUUAAAUAAACAAUCAGUCAUUAAAGCCUAAUAUUGUUUUUGUGGUUUGAUAUUUGCUGGUCGGCAUGUAAACUUCCAACAGUCACAUAAUACGGCCAAAGGCACUGAGCUGCAUCGUUUAUUCAGGUAGAUCCAUGUCGUCUGCAGAGACACCGAGCCUCUCAUGUGUCCCUUCUCUCAUUUUAUGACCCCUUAUCUUUUCCUAAAGGUACCGUGAUGGUUAUGUUGUUGUGUGUGUUUAAAACCUUGAAGUUCACCAAAUGCUGAUAUUAAUUUUACCAGUGAAGCGCCUCUUUGUUUGUCAAGAUAAGUCGCACAUUAAAUAAUCAGCAGGAAAACAUUUGAGAAGAAGUUCCCAUUCAGAGCAGACAUUAGCAGCUAGUUAGCUUAGCUUAAGAACUUGAGAAAAAGCCCAACCUGGUUUUGCUCCAGUAAAAUAAAAUAAAAUAAAAUCCACCCAGCAGUCCAACAUUUUAUAUGUCACUGAUAACCAAAGAGGUUUUUGGUGGCAGCUUUAGACCAAAUAACGUUAGCUUUUGUCCUGUUUUCAGUCUUUAAAUUAGACUACACUAACUGGCCUCUGGAGGUAGAUUUAUAUUACGAUUUAAUUAAAUGUUGAAAGAUAUAAAUGACAAAACAACAAAAAUAAGAUAAAAAACAGCACCCUUCCAUUAGCAGGAUGCUGGCUUAUCUUAGCAUAAGGGGAAAGACCAGUUUGUUUCUGUCCGAAUAAAUAAAUAAAUAAAUAAAUAAGUCACCCAAGACGGCCAAUUAAUCAACAUUAGGUAAAUAAUGAUAACCUGUAUUAGCUUCUCUUGUGCUAAGCUAGGCUAGGUGGCUUCUGGUGAUGGAUUCGUUUUUACUGUAAAGAAAAUGGUGUUAUGGUACUAAAUUUACAACAUGCAAUAAUUAAAAUCCUGAUAAUUAGUUAAAGUUAAACUACAUUGUUUUACAUUCUCAUAAAAGGUUAAACGGCUGUUUUAAUGCCUGCACAUCAUCAGUGUCUGGGUUUAGAAAAUCCUUUUAUUGCCCAGUUUCAGAUACUAAUCACGUAAAGUCAUGCCGGUUGCACGUCAUACAGGACCCCCCCCCCCCCCCCCCCCCCCCCCCAGUUCAACCAUAUAUUUUUAACUUACCCCAAUAAAGCACAUGCUUUGAGACGUUAGCGUUUGUUGGAUGUAAAGAGAACCAAAACACAGAGAAGACAAACAGUAAAUAAUGUUGUAGAUGGUUGUAACAUUGUAAGGAGUGAUGACCCCCCCCCAGGCCUCAGAGUCGUGUUUCAUUCUGUGGGUGUUGGUGUUAUUUCAUGGAUCCGUGUAACAUAUAUAAUAUACUAUAUAGAAUAUUAAAUUGAAGCCAUUUAUUUAAUUUCUGGGUGAAAUCCAUCAAGAUGACACUUGUGUGUAGCCCUGGCGAACCCCGGUGUCUUGAGCAGCCAGAAAGAUUUGUUCCUCGUGUAACUGCAAGUUUUCUUUGAAAACGUUUUCAACAUUCAGUAGAUGGAUAUUACAGUAAAAUCAGUGUUAGACUUGACAAAGAUGUGAAGAUACAUGUUCGAAUGCUCGUUAUUUCAAAACAAUCUGUGAGUCGUCUUGUCCGAUUGUGCCGAUGUGGUUUUCGAUAUGAUGUUUGUUGUUUUACUUAUCAGUUUGUUUGUUUUUUAACAUUUUGGACCAAAUUCUGGUUUUCUGUGUAUUUUGUAAGAGGAGUGAAUGGGUCUGAAGCAAAUGUUUAGUUUUUCGUGUCCUUCCAUGUGAUGUUUUUCAUUCCUCUAGUUUCUUUAAAGACUUGUUUUGUGUAGUUUGUGCCGGGUUACCCGCCGAAGGUCAAACUAAUCCACGGUGCAGCAAAACUGACAUGAGGGGAUUUUAAAGUUGUGGAACAUUUUCACCAGCAGAUGUAAAUACUGCAGUUAUAACCCUGAAACCGACACUAAACACCUGCUCGCCUGCACGCUGAUCGUCUCUACUCGUCAGCUGUAGAGGUUUGUUUUAUUUUUAGACAUGAACGAAGCCUUCUGAAGCUUCUUUGUUCAUGUUCUCAUGGUGAACCUUCUGCCACAUGUGCACGCCGCCAUCCCGUGAUCAUGGAGAUGUCAGCUGACAUCAUGGCGUGGUCGGAUCAGUGCAGGUCAAACGUUAUGCUUCAUGUCGCUGUAUCGAAGCUCCUGAGAGACAUUUCCCAUCAUUGCACCUUCCACAUGCACUGUUCUGUAUGUUGUAUGAAAUGUAUUAUCAUGUACUAUAUCAUAGUAGUUAUAAAUAUAAAAUUACUGGAAGUAAAUAUUUGCCGUGUAUAAACACGUUCAAUCAGAUUCUGCUCUUCUGAGGUGAAUGAAGUGUUUGAGGGGGCUGUGUCUCCAUGAGUUGCAUAAAUGAGGAAUACUUUUUUGUGUAUUACUUUUGUAUUAUUUGGUCUUAUCCUAAUAGAUAUUAAAUAGUUCUUGUUGCA